CAGAGAUUGUGAGGCAACUUCAGGACAGAAUACUUCUGGAAGAUGGCCAUACAGCCCGGAAGACACACAACAAAUCUGGAUUUUAUUUGGCAGUGUUGAAGGGGCCUUAAGAGUCCAUAGAAAAGGUAGCAUGUUUUUUGCUGUAGGAAAGAAAGGAAAAUAUAUUCCACAAUACAAAUGUAUUGUGUGGGAACAAUGCAAAAGCAACAUAUUGUUUUUUUACUGAACAAAACUGCUUGCCUUCAUUGCUUUGGACACAAAUUCAGGUGUAAUUGAGGGGGGGCGUGUCUCUUAGUUAAACAAUAUAGUUGAACCCAAAGGUCUGAAGAGGAGCCUUGAGUCCCCUUCGGGGUGGAGAAAGGCGGGCUACAAAUGCGGGGAGAGUAGUGAUGAAAGCAGUACGGUCGUCAGGAAGGAGAGGAAAAAGGAAAUUUCCAAUCCUAUGAUUCAGAAGACCAAAAAAAGUGUGAAAGAUAAUACCUCAUAUGGCACGAGUAGUAGUGAUGAUGAGGGCAAGCCUGAAGGAAUUGGAGUGGCCUAUAAGUCUACAAGAUCUGCGAAACCUGUAGGUCCAGAGGACAUGGGAGCAACAGCUGUAUAUGAGCUGGACACUGAGAAGGAGAAUGAUGCCCAAGCCAUCUUUGAACGCAGCCAACAAAUCCAGAACGAACUUAGAGGAAAGGAAGAUGAUAAGAUUUAUCGUGGGAUCAAUAAUUACCAAAAGUAUGUGAAGCCAAAAGAUACAUCAAUGGGAAAUGCUUCAUCAGGCAUGGUAAGGAAGGGACCUAUACGAGCCCCAGAGCACCUCAGGGCCACUGUACGGUGGGACUAUCAACCUGAUAUCUGUAAAGACUACAAAGAAACCGGGUUUUGUGGCUUUGGAGAUAGCUGUAAAUUUCUCCACGAUCGAUCAGACUACAAGCAUGGGUGGCAAAUUGAGCGAGAGUUGGAUGAGGGACGCUACGGAGUUAACGAUGAUGAAAACUAUGAAGUAAGCAGUGAUGAUGAAGACCUUCCUUUUAAGUGUUUCAUCUGCAGAAAUUCCUUCAAGAACCCUGUGGUGACCAAAUGUAAACACUACUUCUGUGAGAGCUGUGCCCUGCAACAUUAUCGCAAAUCUCAAAGGUGUUAUGUGUGUGACAAACAAACAAAUGGUGUCUUCAACCCAGCUAAAGAAUUGAUAGCAAGACUGGAAAAACAUAAGACUGAAGAAGGACCUCCAGAUGAUGUUGAGGCACCAGAGUAAUACUUUGUCAUUAUUUCUUUCUCGUUCAAAAAGAUAGUUCAAUAGCUGAAUAAAUAAUUUAUAGAAAAUUCA